AGCCGAUUCCAGCUAGAAAUAGAAUAGAUAAAAAUCUCAUUUACACUGUACAAUAUUUUGAGAUUUGAGAGCUGAAAAAAAGAAGCAUUCUGUUCAAAAUCCGUACUUUCCUCAACUCCACAGGUAAGGGAACAAAAAAAAAAAGAUGUCAUCUUUGGGAACUUCGAAGGGAAUUCUGGAGAUUGCGAAGUUCGGGGUUUAUGUGACCAUUCCCAUUGUUCUUAUGUACACUUUCGCUAACAACACCAAGAAUCUCCAGAAGUUCAUGGGAAACCGAUCUUAUGUUGUGUAUCCCCCAGAGGCCGAAAGGCCUCCAUCACCAGAAGAAUUAAGGGAGAUGGCUCGUGAGCUGGCUCGUAAGAAUAACAUCCGUUGAUGUUCUUUAGGGGUGUAAGUGAUCCUUGUAGGUUUUUGGUGGUAUUUAGUACUGCUUUUGAAAUAUCAAGUUGUAUGUAAUAUGCAGAAAUAAACAUCAUGGGACUCAAUACUCAAAAUAAUCUUUUUUGUAUGAAUAAUGUUUCUUUAAACCCCAUUUAUCCUUAUUUAUUUUUUAAAAGCU